CGGUCCUCUUAGGAACCGCGAGCCGUCAUUGGAUGAAGCGAGAGCGAGAGCUUCACCUACAGGACGUGGUGCUAGCCUUCUGGUGGGUGGGACUUCAUCAUGAUGCUCGCUCUCUCCCUGAUAUCCACAGGCUGUCCUGUGUGUUAUCACUGUUAUGAAACACCGUCAGGGUGUAGCCUCAGCCGCAGGACAGGAAAAAACUGCACGGACACAACAGGAACCACCGCUGCUGCUGCUGCUGCUGCUGCAGUGUACCGUCUACCGCUAAACCUCACGGCUGUUGACAGGCGACACCGCAUCCGCUCACACUGCAUCUCCACACACGCACAUAGCCGUGGACAAAGUCACCAUGAACGAGCUGGUGAAGAGUUUACCGUCGCCCACCCUGGCUGGUCUGCAGCUGCCGUGCCUACAGGAGCAGCACAAAGGCUGGCUCUUCAAAUGGACCAACUACCUGAAGGGUUACCAGCGCCGCUGGUUCGUCCUCAGUAACGGCCUGCUGUCCUAUUACAGGACUCAGGCAGAAAUGGGACACACUUGCCGGGGCACCAUUCCCCUGGCUACAGCCCACAUCGAGGUGGGCGACACGUGUCACCUGGUACUGACCAGUGGUGGCCGCAGCUACCACCUGAAGGCAAUGUCAGAGGCGGAGUGUCAGCGCUGGAUAACUGCCCUGCAGCAGGCCAAGACCAACGCUACUCUGCUCAUGCAUCACUCAGAUGACUCGGGAGAUGAAGGUCCUGGACCUCAGGACGACCGAGGCCUGACCCAAGGGGUGCUCAAGAGUCUGGCCAGUAAACUGGACGACCUGAGCACCUGUAAUGAGCUGAUUGGAAAACACGGCGCCGCUCUGCAGCGUUCGCUCAGUGAACUGGAGGAACUGCGAGGAUCUGCUGACAACACAGACAGAGUGAAGGCAGUUAACGAGCGAGCCACCCUGUUCCGCAUCACCUCUAAUGCUAUGAUCAAUGCCUGUCGUGACUUCCUGGACGUAGCUGAAUCUCACAGCCGGAGGUGGCAGAAGGCCCUGCAUCAUGAGCGAGAACAGCGUCACCAUCUGGAGGAGACCAUCGAACAGUUGGCCAAACAGCACAACAGCUUAGAGAGAGCCUGGAGAGAGAGUCCCUCCUCGUACACAGGCGUGGAGGAGGGCGAUGCCAGCGACGAGAACGAUGAGGCAGAGUUCUUUGAUGCCAUGGAGGAGUCGCCUGCUUUCAUCACCGUGACCACCAGUGGAGAAACACAGCACAAGCGCUCGGGGAGUUCUCAGAGUAUGAUGAGUGGAGGAGUGCCCAGUGACUGGACUCACCAUGAGAACGGCACCAACCACAUGCAGCUACGAAGAAUAAGACGCAGCCGAAUCCCUGACAAACCAAACUACUCCCUCAAUCUGUGGAGCAUCAUGAAGAACUGCAUCGGCAAAGACCUGUCCAGGAUUCCCAUGCCUGUGAACUUUAACGAGCCGCUGUCGAUGCUGCAGCGUCUGACCGAGGACCUGGAGUACAGCGAGCUGCUGGACCGAGCGGCUCGCUGCGACUCGUCCUUGGAGCAGAUGUGCCUGGUGGCUGCCUUUUCCGUCUCCUCGUACUCCACCACCGUCCACCGCACAGCCAAGCCCUUCAACCCUCUGCUGGGGGAGACGUACGAGCUGGACCGUCAGGAGGAGUUCGGUUAUCGCUCCAUCUGUGAGCAGGUCAGUCAUCAUCCACCAGCUGCCGCUCACCACGUGACGUCACAGAGGGGGUGGAGCCUGUGGCAACACAUCACCAUCGACAGCAAGUUUCGUGGGAAAUAUAUUUCUGUCAUGCCGUUGGGGAACAUUCACCUUCAGUUCCACUCAAGUGGAAACCACUACGUGUGGAGCAAAGUGACGUCGACUGUUCACAACAUCAUCGUCGGGAAACUGUGGAUCGAUCAGUCUGGAGACAUUGACAUUGUCAACGUCACCACCAAGGACACCUGCCGUCUCAAGUUCUCCCCCUACAGCUACUUCUCCAGAGAAGUGCCACGAAAAGUGACAGGAGUGGUGGAGGACAGAGACGGCACGGCUCGGUACAUCCUGUCUGGAACCUGGGACGAGAAGAUGGAGAGUUCCAAGAUAGUGGACAGUAGCCCCGGAGGUGGGGGCUCUGAGGGCAAACAGAAGACGGUAUAUCAGACACGUCAGCCCAAACUGUUGUGGAAGAAAUACCCUCUACCAGAAAAUGCAGAGAACAUGCACUUCUUCUCCUCCCUGGCCCUGACUCUGAACGAGCCCGAGGAGGGCACCGCGCCCACCGACAGUCGCCUGCGGCCUGACCAGCGGCUCAUGGAAGAAGGUCUCUGGGAUGAAGCCAACGCCCAGAAGCAGCGACUGGAGGAACGACAAAGGCUGGAGAGGAAGAAACGAGAGGCUCAGGCCAAUCAGGCCCUGGAGGAAGGACAAGACAUCGAGGGCUACCAGUCAAUGUGGUUUGAGAAGAGGACGGAGGAAACGACCGGAGAAACGAUUUACGUCUACAAAGGAGGAUACUGGGAGGCCAAAGACAGACAGGACUGGUCCCAGUGCCAGGAGAUCUUCUGAGACGCCACGUUUUAUCACACCCGGUCGUCGGGCGGAGUGGAAGCAGCUGGUGUUAGGACGUGUG